AUGAAGCUCCCUCAGAUCUACAAUAUCCUCAAGGCCGGUAGUGCGGUGGGGCUCUCGGAGGCCUGGCUGGUGAACGAAUGCAUCGCCAGCUUGAUCUUCGUAUACUACAAUGUGCUGUCUGCCUAUCCCUUCAUGUCCUGGGGCGAGAAUGCCAUCGUCGGCCUUCAGAAUAUGGCAAUCAUUUUCCUUUUCUGGCAGUACAGUCCAGAGUUGCCGCGCCUUCCGCGGAUACUGGGCACACUGCUCUUCAUCGCGGCCAGUGCGGCAGUGCUGAUCUUGGGUUUGCCUGCCAAUGCUUUAGCUGCCCUUGGCAGUAUGCCGAUAUUCCUCGGCACGGGUGCCAAAGUGCCGCAGGUGCUGAAGAACAACUCACAGAGACACACCGGGACGAUGUCAGUCGUGCCGGCUGUUCUAGGCUUUGCAGGAUGUAGCGUUCGCGUCUUGACGUCAAUUCUGCAGACGGGCGACUGGAUAGCGAUCUUAAACCCUGCUGCGGCUGCCUUCAUGUGGCUGCUGCUUCUACUUCAGUUUGUGAUGUUCUACGAAACCACUAAGAAGAUUCAGCAAGAGGCAGAGGCGAAGAAGAACUCUGCAGCCGAGAAGAAAGCAGAGUGA